AUGUCGCAAAGAAACCGCAGUGGCCGUGGCUCGAACCGCAACAAUGGCAGCGGCCACGGCGAAGAGAUUCAGCUGUGGAAUGACGCCAAGGACAAGUUUCAAGAGAUUGUCACCGGUGUCAACCAGGAGAACGACAACCUAGCUGAGCUGAUCAAGCUGGAUAAGAAGGCGGCCAGUGCGAGCAAGGACGGCGGAAACCCCUCGGGCAACGAUCUUAACAAGAUGGAGCAGUUCUGUCGGUCCGGAGUUAAGCUCUCGGAAAACAACUCAAACAACAUCAAAACCCUGGUCGAGCAGCUUAAGAUUCUGAAGGCUGUGCAGCAGGCCAAGGAGCUUGCGGAGGCGCCUGCAACGACUACGUCGUCAUCUCGGACAGGCAGCUCAACACGGAACAGAGAUGCCGCGGCCGCGGCGCUCUACGACUUUGACGGUGCUGGAGACUCGCCUGUACCCAGCCCCAUUGGUGGCAGCUCACGCAAGUUUGGUGAUCGGGGUAGCAACCGCGACAGUAUGCCACCUAAGGCAGAUAGUGUCGAGCCACAAGGUUCGACCGGCAGCAAUACGGCGGGCUCUUCCUCGGGGGCCCUCGGAUCAAAUGCCGCGGCGGCUAGAAGCAAAAUCUCGUUCUCGAAAGGAGACAAGGUAGCUUUCAAGCGCAAGAAGGACGAGCCUCAACAGGGUGAGGCGCCGUACGACUGGAUAUUGGGCGAGGUGGUUGGCAUCAUCGGCGAGGGCAAGAGCAGACGAUACAAGUGCUUGGACGUGGAGCCCGAGGACAACGUCAAGCCGAAGGAGUACAAGACGUUUGCAUCGGGCAUGAUACCGAUCCCGCCAGAGAACCAGACACACAACCUCGCCAAGCUAGAGGCAGGCAAAAUGGUCCUUGGCUUGUAUCCGCAGACGACAGCAUUUUACGCGGCGGAUGUCGUCGGUACAGAGGCCGACGGAAAGACGGUCAACCUCAAGUUUCAUGGCGAAAACGAUUCAUCGACCACGCAUCAGGUGGAGAGGCGCUACGUGCUUGAGUACCGGCCAUGA